AUGCCCUUUGAAAUCUAUGACUUGCCGUAUGACCGGGACUGGAUCGACAACCUCAUCGCACACAAAGCAGAUUACCUAGCAGGCGCCCUCGGUUUUAAGCGCACGUCCAAACUAUGGAGGUUGCGCUUCAAAGAUCGUUCAACCGAGCCCGUUAUCCAGAGAUGGUUGGAUAACAUUGAAAAGCUAGAAGGCGAAAUUGAAGAAUCUACUGGCAGCCCGAGACCCUUCACCAUUGACUCCGUUGACUUGAAGUUCACGAUGGAACUGGGAUUUGACCCAAACGUUCAGCAUCUGAUUAAAGCAUCGAUGCGGCCAACCCUGGACUGCGAGGGCGUUACGGAAGAGAACUUCUAUGUCAUCGCCCUGCUUUGGCAUACGCGACUCCUAAUGCUUUCGAAGCCCUCUCUGUUCCUUGAAUGGAAGUUGCAAGGCCGCCAAUCGUUGAAACCUCGUGUCCUGUUUGGACUUGAACUUUUGUUGUUUUUCUAUGACAAACGAGAGUUGAAACGAGGAGAACGGGAUAUCGAUGCGGUACGGCCGGUUAUCCACGACUUGCCUGUCACGGGAAUUACCGACGACGUUGCUGAAACAUGGACGGAUCUUGACAUUCUAGACGAAACCUUAGACUCUAGAGCACGAAUGUUGAGACAGGUUUCGAACGCGAACAUAAAAGCUAUGAGAAGUAGACUUCUGAGCAAUAUAGUACGGCCGGCGAUGUCCUCUGAGGAGCGCAAACAAAUUGUGAAAGCUCUGCUCAAAGACCCCGAAGAUCAUCUGAAGAAGUAUAUCACUUACGAGCCUCGUGAUAGAUCUGUUCCAGACACGAUAGUGGAGAGACGGAUUGAUAUUGCUAAGGUAGCAGCAAUGGACGCAGGGGCAGAGUCGCAAGUUGACCCCGAUACGGAAAAGCUCAAAGGAGAACUUACCUACGAUGGAAAUUUGGAUGUCGAAGAGCAUCGGGAGAAAGUGAAGCGGGCAUCAGCAGAUGCCCCAUCGCUGGAGGAUGCUUGUAGGAUGUUGGGCCUCAAUUCCACACGGCCAGCCAUCAGACCGGAAAACGGACCAGAGACAGUGUUGAAGGGCUGGCAGGUAAGGGCAAUCGCCUGGAUGUUGGCACAGGAAAAAGGAAAUUUCAGGUCGGGUAUACUCGCAGACGCUUGCGGUCUGGGAAAGACGCUGACGCUUCUCUCCUUUCUUUACAUUUCUUCCAAAGGGCACUCUGCACCGCCGUACCGGCCAACGCUUAUUGUGGUACCAGCCGGCUCCAUUGAGACAUGGUUCUCGGAGAUCAGAGCGCGAUUCAAACACGGCCUCAAGCUAAAAAUAUUCUAUGACUCGAAAGGCAAAGCCCCACACGCCAAGAAAUCUUUUACAGUUGACAAUAACAAGUUUCGCGAAUGGCUCACGGGAUUGGAUUCGAAUGACGAAAAGACAGGUCGAACAAUUGUGCUUACUUCAUACUUAACGUGGGUUGAGAGAUGUAUAGAGAGUGUGGAUGGCGAAGGGAAGACAGAUGACAAUGCCGACAAACCUGCAGAGGACAUUAACAAGUCUGAAAAACAGAACAAUGCUUGCGAACAACAUGUUGCAGAGACAGAAGCUUCAGAGCCAAAGCUCAGGCACAAGUCGGGCUUAGAGCUGACUGGCCGGUUUGCGCGAGUUGUAUGUGACAAGGGCCACAUCAUUAGGAAUGUCAACACAAAGACGAAUCGGUGCAUCACCGGACUCAAGUGCCCCCAUACAUGGAUCCUGACGCCGACACCUAUGAUCAACAAGCCGCUCGACCUGAGAGGUUUGCUGAUGGCGAUAUAUGAUCCCUCUUGGGAAGAUACUGAUGCUUCCGGCACGGAUACAAACCUCCUCGCUGAGUACGAAAAGGCAGAUAAGACCAACUCGCUUCCUUUGAGACUGCUUUCACCCGUCAAUCUUGAUAAGCUGGAUCAGGCUGGGCAAUUAGAUUCCAGAAUCUGGUAUGAAGUGAUUCUACGGAACAUUUGUCUUGCUCGGGAUCAUGAGGACCUGGUCGACCCGUCUACAGACCCUCAAACUAGGAUUCGGGAUGAUAUACCUAACAUAUCCAUCUGGACCACAGAGCUCAGAUACAGUGACAACUUACGGGAAGAACACGACACCGAGUACUUCAAAUGCCAGAGUAAGAAAGGAGAGAACACGCAACGCGAUCUGUGCCUCCUCGCGAUCUGUCCUCGUCUCUACAAGUUCGUGAGAGAAAAGAAAACAUCAGAUAGCAAACUUGAAGAUGAACUCGACCGACAAGACCUUGGCUUCUCCCUAUUCUUCAAAACAACGCGCAAGGAUCCUGUCUUACUGCCGGCUCUGCGCCCCGCUAUGGCCUACUACAUAGGAAGCGAGUCUCCAAAGUUGCGCUACAUGCUUAGAAUCUUCAAGCAAGAAGGCAUGUUUAAUGAUUCGCGUCCUGUCGACCAAGCUGCGCCUCGAUUUAUUGUUUUCUGCAGGCGGAAUAUCGUGCUAUGGUUCCUGCAAUUAUUCCUCGACUCCUUGUCCAUCCCCUACCAAACCCUGAAAGCUAAGAAUCGCACCUGCAAAUACCAUCCGUCGGUCGCCGCAGCCAACUUCAACAACCCAUCAUUUGAUUGCCAAGUUCUCCUGACCACAUUUUCCUGCGAGUGGGCCAACCUAAAUCUGCAUUCAGCCUGUUCCAGGGCCAUCAUCUUCGAGCCCGCUGCCAAUUACAACUCGCUCAUCCAUGCGAUUGGCCGCAUCCAUCGCCUGGGACAAACUGAAAAACAAAAAGUAUGGAUUCUUUUCAUGAAUCAUACCAGCGACCGCUGGAACGAGUAUAAAUACCUUACACAAGCCUAUUUCCAAAUGCCGUUCCCGCGAGGGAACGGCGGGAGGAGCACUCAGACUGUACCUAGAAAUAACCAAGUCAAUGGGCAACCAACGACAAAGCCUCCAGGUGGUGCGAGACGCAACAGUACCAGUCUGACUCAGGAACAGCUUGAGGAAGCAAAUGAAUUUGUCAUGGAGCAGCUUGGACAGACCUGUUCUCGCCUCACAAUGGGCAACAACGAGGACUUGGGAAGAUACGAUGAAGAUGGCGUUGACAAUAAAACCGAAGAUGUCAGUGAGGAUGACAGUGAAGUCGACGAUGACGAUGACGAUGAUGACGAUGAAGAUGCCGACGGAACAAAGGUUAAUGAAGAGAAUAACAACCAGCAUCGAUCUCAACAGGCAAAAAAGCAGCAAAAGAGAAAGCUUAUUAUCUUGACGUUCUAUUAUGCUCUCAGGAUUUUCUUGGUGUUUUCAUGCCCCAAAUGUGGUCUCUUCGGAGGUAUGGAGUGCAUUACUGGAAUUAUUUGGUCGGGGUCUGCAGAAGUUAGGGCUAUGAGUUAG